AUGGCAAUGCUUGAAAUAGAUGGUGGUUUGAAAGAACACUAUGCGAAGAUAUGGGAUUAUACAUACGAGAUUUUGAGAUCCAAUCUCGGGAGUUCUGUGAUAGUGGGAGUGAACGGAAUGCCAGAUGGAAGUAAUGUGUUUAGUAGGAGUUAUAUAUGUUUCAAAGCUUUAAAAGAAGGUUGUGUUUCAUGUAGAAAGGUAAUGGACUUAGAUGGAACAUUUUUAAAAGGGUUAUGUAAAGGAGAACUUCUAAUAGCAACAGGUCGAGAUGCAAAUAACCAGAUUUACUCCAUUGCUUGGGCUAUUGUGAAAGUAGAGAACAAAGACAAUUGGAAGUGGUUCAUUGAAUGCUUAAAAGAUGAUAUUGGAAUAUCUGGUGGAAGGGGUCUUACUUUUUUAUCUGAUCAACAUAAUGGGCUUGUAGAAGCUAUAAAAGAUUUUCUUCCUUAUGUUGAACAUAGGCAAUGUGCAAGACAUAUACAUGCAAAUUUCAAGAAGAAAUAUAACGGGAGGAAUGCAAGAAGAAAACCAAUUAUUACAAUGUUGGAAGAUAUUAGGAUGUUUCUUAUGGAGAGGAACUACAUAAUGAGCAAAGAUUCACAUAAAUGGAAAGGUAAUGUUUGUCCAAAUAUAAGAAAGAAGAUUACAGAGCGGUCAAAAGAUUCAAGUUUUCUGUUUUUGGCUGUUUUUAUUUUUUUAAUGUUCUUUCAUGUUGUUAUUUGCUGCAGGAAAUAUAUCCUUAUCCCAAGUGGCGGCAAUGUGUUUGAAGUACGAGAUGCACAUGAUGCCUACACCGUGGAUCUUGAUAACAUGGCAUGUAGUUGUAGAUUGUGGCAAAUAACAGGAUUGCCUUGUUUGCAUACGAUGUCUUCUAUCUAUUACAUCAACAAGGAUCCAGAGGAAUAUGAAGUGAAUGGUUCAAGGUUGAGAAGGUCAAAGAAACCUACAAACAUUACAUGA